AUGGGUUCAACAGAAAACUCUGUAAAAAUUCUGCUGCUUGGUGCAGGUGAAACUGGAAAGAGCACCAUCAUGAAGCAGAUGAAGAUUCUGUACCAUGGUGGUUUUACUAAAGAGGAGCAGCUGGAGUUUAAAGCAGUGAUUUAUGGAAACGUAUUGCAGUCUGCACUCGCCAUCGUUGCUGGAAUGGAGAAACUACAGAUUAAAUAUGACACAGAGAGAGCAACUGAAGACAGUUUGAGGCUACAGAAGUUGGCAGACUUUGUGGAGGAAGGGACGAUGCCAUCUGAAGUGACUGAGAUCCUGAAGAGUUUGUGGAGAGACGAAGGAGUUCAGAUCGCCAUCGAGAGAUCAGCUGAGUAUCAGCUCAAUGAUUCUGCUGCUUAUUACUUAGGGGAUCUGGACCGGAUCUGUGCUGCUGAUUAUAUUCCUAAUGAUCUGGACAUUCUUCAUGCUCGUAUUAAAACCAGUGAGAUAGUGGAGGAACAGUUCACCUUUAAAGAGCUCAACUUCAGGAUGUUUGAUGCUGGUGGUCAGCGUACUGAGAGGAAGAACUGGAUAAAAUGUUUUGAGGAUGUGACAUGCAUCAUCUUCUGUGCUGCUCUGAGUGCUUAUGACCUUGCACUGGUGGAGGAUGAGGAGGUGAACCGUAUGCAUGAGAGCCUCCACCUGUUUAACAGCAUCUGCAACCAUAAAUUCUUCAGCAGCUCCUCCAUCGUCCUGUUCCUCAACAAAACCGACAUAUUCCAUGACAAAAUCAGCAAAGUGCCGCUGACAACCUGUUUCCCAAACUACACAGGUUUGAACACAUUUGAGGAUGCGAGUAACUUCAUCAGGCAGCAGUUUGAGGAUCUGAACAACAAAAAAGGGUCAAAGCCAAUCUACACACACCUGACCUGCGCUGUGGACACAGCUAACAUUGAGAGCAGCUUUAACACCGUCACUGACAUCAUCAUCAAAAACCUGAAGGAGUGCGGACAGCUUUGA